AUGGUUCAAGAAGGGAUUGUGCUUGGACACAAGAUUUCCGAGAAAGGGAUCGAGCUCGAUCGAGCUAAGGUGGAUGUCAUGUUGCAGCUCCCUGUUCCCAAGACUGUGAAGGAUAUCAGGAGUUUUCUGGGUCAUGCAGGGUUCUACAGAAGAUUCAUCAAGGAUUUCUCAAAGAUAGCAAGACCCUUGACAAGGCUUCUGUGCAAGGAGACAGAUUUUGAGUUUGAUGAAGAAUGCCACAAGUCUUGGACCUUGCUGAAGGAUGCUCUGGUAUCUGCCCAAUAG